GAUGGGCGGGAACAAAGCGGAAACUAGGAAGUGGAGAUGAGUUAUGACGGAAAGAUGUUUACUGUAAUUCAACGCCGUUGACUUUCCAUGAUUUGAACCACUGGGUGGUCAGGAAAGAGCACCGUCAGUAAGACCAGCGAUAACGAAAAUGCAGACUGUACGAAAGCGUCGAGCCAACAAUUUACAAAGGACAACACAAAAUAGCAGUCCUGAUGGUUUGAAGGAAAAUGUGCCUCAGCAGAAAAUGCAGCAUUUCCACUGUGACCUGUGGUUCUGUCUGACUCUGCAGAACUGGAUACUGGACUUCGGAAGGCCUAUUGUCAUGAUUAUCCUUCCGCUGGAGUGGUUUCCACUGAACAAGCCCAGUGCUGGAGACUAUUUCCACAUGGCCUACAAUGUCAUUACACCAUUCCUAAUGCUUAAGCUGAUUGAGCGCAGUCCCAGGGCACUGCCUCGCUCAGCGGUCUACCUCUGCAUCAUCACGUUUGUCAUGGGAGCCAGCAUCCACCUGGUGGGAGACUCCAUCAACCACCGGCUCAUCCUGAGUGGCUACCAGCUCCACCUGUCAGUCAGGGAGAACCCCAUCAUCAAAGACCUCAAACCCGCCUCACUGAUCGACUCCUUUGAGCUGCUAUAUUACUAUGAUGAACAGCUGGGACACUUAAUGUGGUAUAUUCCUUUCUUCAUCAUCCUAUUCAUUUACUUCACUGGAUGCUUCACCAAGGCCAAAGAACAGAAAACAAUUCCAGUCUCUGGUUGGCUGUUGCUGGGACCCAGCGCCCUCUACUAUUGGUACUUGGUCACUGAGGGACAAAUCACUGAACUCUUCCUCCUCACCUUCUUUGCUAUGGUUGCCACUGUGAUACAUCAGUGGCGUAAAGGCCUCAGCCCAGACUGCAACGGCCUGUUCCUGUUCUGUAGUUUCAGUGUUACUGUGCUCCUGGUGGCGGUUUGGGUGGUCUAUCUGUGGAACGACCCGGUGCUACGUGACAAAUACCCCGGACUAAUUUAUGUGCCAGAACCCUGGUCCUUCUACACCUUACAUAUCAAAACAAACCACUGAAUUACAUCUGUCCAGCAGAUUUCCUGUGAUGGAGUGGCUGCACUAUCACAACACUCAGGAUUCGACACGUCUGAGGUGUGACGUUUACUCAAAUGUAUAUUAUAUUUGUCUGAUUUGAUAUCUGAGGCAGGCAGAGCGUGACGGCGGUGGGGCUGAUCUGCUGCUGCUCAGGUGCUACAUGGAGUUUGCCUUUGAUAAUGAUCAAUAAUAAUAAUGAUUACCGUCAUUCAGAGAGGGAGAGCGCACUGGAAAAAUACUGCCCUUCACCUGAUGAUUUUUUUCAUGUCUGUGGCAUGUUCUGCUGAUAUACACCUUAAAACUGCAGUAUGAUGCCGAUAUGACCGUCCACAGAUCAUUUUCAGGUCUGUUUUUGCUGAGAGCCCGGGGCCGGAAGCGGCGCCUAGUGUUGCACUCUUCCUUUCAGGGCCCAUGUUAACCAAUUACGCUGUUCACACAGAGCACCCCACUGCAUGGGGCUGUGCAGAAAUAACAUCACAAUUUUUAUAAAUUGCUUCACAGAUCUAAAUAUUAGUCAGUUGUGUCUAAACAGAGAGGGAAAGGUGAGCAGACACAAACUCACUAAUACAAAGGCUGCAGGCAGGAGAAAAGUCCCUUCCCACAGACUCUGGUCCUUUUUACCUCAUGGUUGCGGAAGAAGCGACGCCCCAAUAUCGCAUACUGUAUAGUUAUGGGCAACCACCAUCGCCACCACCACCUGUCAGGUGCGUGGAACAUACAGCAGGUUAACAAGAAUAACUGAGCCAUUCCUCUGUUCAUGUCUACACCUUUCUUUCUUUUAAUUCAAUGUUUAAUAUUAUCAAAAUGUUUUAUUCCAUUUUACUUUUACAAGCUCUCAUUUGCGAUCAUAUAAGUCUGAUCCGUACUAUGGUACUGCAGUGCUAUGCUCUGAUAGGCAACUGCACAACACCGCCUGAAAUAAUCAUUAGAAAAUGUAAUCAGAAUCAUAACAAAACUUAACAAAUAACCAGUUUCACUGCACUUCUUUACGUGGUUUUAUGCAAGUGUUGUUGGUGUAUUCAGCUGCAUGCGCUACUCAGAUAUGCCUCCUACUCCUGUCAGGUACACAGUAGCUUUUGUUGUCUUAUUAGCUGUAAUGAACCCUUAUGGGAAUGUGUCACGUUGCUGUUGUGUUGUGAGUGCUAUUCAUUUAGAGCUGUGAGCUGUUAGAGUUCCAUGUAUGGUCAUUAUAAUCCAGCUGUGUUGACAACGUACUGUUGUUUAGUGUAUUAUUUUUGACAAGAUACGUGUUAUGUACAAUAUUACAAAGAGCAACAGGAAUAAGUCUGUGGUACUGAUACUAUUUUCAUUAGUCAAACUUUGGUCAAAGUUAAGGAAAAAACAGAAUUUUACUGAUAAAUUAUUUCUUUGCUUUGUGUUGUGUUUUUUUUUCUUACAUGUUGAGCAGAAGUCUUUGCCUUUAGAUUUAUUGCUCUUUAUGUCAAAUUAUGAUUGUUAAUAUUUUGUACAGUGCUGUUGCUUUGCUUACUAUCACUUUGUUGCUUCUUAAAUACUGUUACGUCACUGGAUUCUGAUUCGUUACAAUUUUAUUCACGUUUAAUUAAAACGUUGAAACUGA